CAUGUAGGUUAAAAAAUAUGUUUCAAAUUUUUAAUUUAUUUUUAGCUAUCUGCAUUCUCCAGAUUUUUUGCAAUUAUCAUGUAUAACUUUUCUAAUAUAGUGAUAAGGAUGUGAAGCAACCAUUUUUUAAAAUUCCUGUUUCUUGUUUGUGAUUGGGGGUGAAAUGUCAGAGAAUCACCUUGGCAUUCACUUUAGGAACAGAAAGUACUCAUUUGUAUUUCUCUACCAGCUGGUUGACCCCACUUAGGGCCCAGCCUGGAUCACAGGCCUCCCCACUUCUCACCCAGCUGUCAAUCUUUACACAAGAUCUCAUCCAAUCUACCCCAGCACCGAUGCCAGAUUCACCCGCCUCAAAUACCACUGUACCCGUCACUUCCCUGCCGCAGAGCUUUCAAUAGCUCCCCACCCUCCCUAGCUUUCCAAUUCAGGGCUCCAGAGCCUGAUUCAAUGUACCUGUCAGAUCUUACUUCUCAGGGACGCCCCACAGUACACCCCCUUCACGUCUGUAGUCAGGACCAUCACCAUCCCACACACAUCGUGCCCCUUCCGGCCUCCACAUAUUUGACUCUGCUGCUCUCCCUUCCAGCGUGACCCUCCUCCCCCACUCCCCAUGCCGCUGCCUAAUAAAUAGUCCCAACUCUCCUUCAAGGCUUAGCUCAAAUCCCCUUUCUUUCACGAAGACUACCCCAGCUCGUACCUCUGACCACAAAUGGGCCUAAAAGUCUGCACAACAUUUGAACUGUUGAAGUAGUGGGCAAACAGUCUGGUUUUACAAGGCCUUGAGGAUUCAUCUUCAUCAUGAGGUCCCCACCCUGCUGCCUGGCUGCCUAAUUCCAGCAGCCCUCACACCAGUCCUUUCUCAAAGUACAGACAUUGGCAGAUCACCCCCGAGAGGGGCAGAAAUUCCAUCUCUCACCUUUGUGAGUCUCACUCAGUGAGUCCUGGUUGCCCACCUGAGGACCCACCUCCUCUACGAUGAUUGACACCAGGAGUCACGCUGGUGACGACUGACACUGUCUUGGGACUGUGACCUUACCUGGUAUUAUCAAAUCAUUGAUAAAUACUAACUGAGCCACUGAAGAUUUGCAGCAGAAAGUGAGGAUUUUGUCUGUCAGGAAGAUCCACUGAUAAGAGUUCAGAAAAAGUAGGAAGGCCAUUUUGGUAUCGCAAUGUUAAGAGUAAAUAUUGAGUGAGUACUUACUCCGUGCCAGGCAGCACUUUUACAUGCAUUAUCUCACUGAGUCACAACAGCCUUAAGAAGUAUAUUCCAUUCUUAUCCCCAUUAUAGAGGAGGAAACUGAAACUUUGAACAGCUAAGUAACCAUAAAAUUACUAUAUGACCCAGCAAUUCCACUCCUAGGUAUAUACCCCCCAAAAUUGAAAACAGGGACCCAAACAGAUACUUGUACACCAGCGGUCCCCAACCUUUUUGGCAGCAGGAACUGGUUCCGUGGGAGACAGUUUUUCCACAGACGGCGGGCUGGUGGGGGGAUGGGUCAGGCGGUAAUGGGAGCGAUGGGAAGUGAUGGGGAGCAGCAGACGAAGCUUUGCUCACUUGCCCUCCGCUCACCUCCUGCUGUGAGGCCCAGCUCCUAACAGGGGGUUGGGGACCCCUGUUGUACACCCAUGUCCAUAGCAGCAUUAUUCACAGUAGCCAAAGGUGGAAACAACCGAAGUGUCCAUGACGAAUGGACAAACAAAAUGUGGUAUAUCCUUAUAAUAGAAUAUUAUUCAGCCAUAAAAAAGAAUGAAGUUCUGAUAUAUGCUACAAAGUACAUGAACCUCGAACACAUUAUGCUAAGUGAAAUAAGCUAGUCACAAAAGACCAAAUGUUACAUGAUUCCACUUAUGUGCAAUAGGUAUAAUUCAUAGAGACAAAUUAGAUUAGAGGUUACCAGGGGCUGAGGGGAGGGGGAAAAGGGGAGUUAUUGCUUCACUGGUACACUUUCUGUUUGGGGUGAUGAAAACAGUUUUAGAAGUAGAUAGUGGUGAUGGUUGUACAACAUUGUGAGUAUAUUCAAUGUUACUAAAUUUUACACUUAAAAUGGUAAAUUUUAUGUUAUGUCUAUUUUAACAUAAUAAAACAUUUUAAGUCGUAUAGCUAGAAAGUGGUCAAGCUAGAAUUUGAGCCCAAACCUUUCUGACUCUAGGGCCCAUGCUCUCAAUCCAAGAGUUUUACUCCCCCUAGAAAAAGCAGCCAACCAGGAGCCAGGAGGGCUGGAUUCUUGUCAUCGCCAUCUGUGUGACCUUACACAAGCCUGAUCUUCCAAGGCCUCACUUUCCUCAGCUGUUAAAUGAUAAGAUUGAAUAGAAUAUCUCUGACAAUCCCUGCUGGUUAUAACAGUCCUGACGGUGUCAGCUAUCCAUUGAUUGUGAUUUUGCAGCAUGGAAAAUCCCAAGCCUUGAUUCCUGACCUAGAUAUCAUUUGCUUCUGGCGCACUCUGGAGACAUUGAUGGACAGGGAGCGAGGGAGAGGGACCGGCUGUCCACCCCUUACCUAGCCCCUCCCCUAGGGGUUUGCCCUGGAGUCCAGCCAGCUCUUGAAGAAGGCCUCCACUCCUCUCACCAUUCUGGGAGAGGGAUCCGGCCUGGCUGUGCUCCAGGAUAAACUUCCACAAGGCGAGCAAUAACAUAAAGUCAAGGUGAAGAUCAGGGCAGCCCUUAAAAAGGCCUCCUUGCACCCUAGAGUGGCUGAAGCCACUCCACAGCUGUUUGUCCUGCCUGCCGCCUUCCGGCCACCAUGUGGGUGCUCCUGGUUCUCUUGCUGCUCACCCUUGCCUAUUUAUUUUGGCCCAAGACCACGGGCUCUGGUGCCAAGUACCCCAAGAGCCUCCCAUCCCUGCCCCUGGUGGGCAGCCUGCCGUUCCUCCCCAAACGUGGCCACCAGCACGUGAACUUCUUCAAGCUGCAGGAAAAAUACGGCCCCAUCUAUUCUUUUCGUCUGGGUUCCAAGACUACUGUGGUGAUUGGCCACUACCAGCUUGCCAGGGAGGUGCUCCUCAAGAAGGGCAAGGAAUUCUCCGGGCGGUCCAAAGUGUUGACUCUAGACAUCCUGUCAGACAACCAAAAGGGCAUCGCCUUCGCCGACCACGGUGCAGUCUGGCAGCUGCAUCGGAAGUUGGCACAGAACGCCUUUGCCCUGUUCAAGGAUGGCAACCUGAAGCUAGAGAAGAUCAUUAAUCGGGAAGCCAGUAUACUGUGCGACUCCCUGGCCACCCGGCAUGGAGAGUCCAUAAAUUUGUCGGAGCAUCUCUCUCUGGCGGUGACCAACAUAAUCAGCUUUAUCUGCUUCAACUUCUCCUUCAAGAAUGAGGAUCCUGCCCUGAAGGCCAUAUACAAGUUCAAUGAUGGCAUCCUGGAGGCUCAGGGCAAGGAGAUUUUGUCAGACAUAUUCCCUGGGUUCAAGAUAUUCCCCAGCAAAGCCCUGCAAAAGAUAAAGAGUUGUGUUCGAAUGCGAAACGAAUUGCUGAGUGAAAUCCUUGAAAAAAGUAAGGAGAACUUCACCGGUGACUCCAUCACUAACUUGCUGGACAUACUGAUCCAAGCCAAGGUGAACGCAGACAAUAACAAUGCUGGACCAGACCAGGAUUCAAAGUUGCUUUCAGAUAGACACAUGCUCACCACCAUAGGGGACAUCUUUGGGGCCGGCGUGGAAACCACCACCUCUGUGAUAAAGUGGAUUGUGGCCUUCCUGCUACAUUAUCCUCCAUUGAAGAAGAGGAUCCAGGAUGAUGUCGACCAGAAUAUAGGUUUCAAUCGCACACCAACUAUCAGUGACCGGAACCGCCUCGUCCUGCUGGAGGCCACCAUCCGAGAGGUGCUUCGAAUCCGGCCUGUGUCGCCCACGCUCAUCCCCCACAAGGCUAUCGUUGACUCCAGCAUUGGUGACCUUACCAUUGACAAGGGCACAGAUGUUGUGGUCAAUCUGUGGGCACUGCAUCACAGUGAGAAGGAGUGGCACCGGCCCGACCUGUUCAUGCCCGAGCGCUUCUUGGACCCCACGGGGACCAAGCUCAUCUCGCCAUCGUUAAGCUACUUGCCCUUCGGAGCAGGACCCCGCUCCUGCAUAGGUGAGAUGCUAGCCCGCCAGGAGCUCUUCCUCUUCAUGGCCUGGUUGCUGCAGAGGUUCGACCUGGAGAUCCCGGAUGAUGGGAAGCUACCCUCUCUGGAGGGCAACCCCGGUUUAGUCUUACAGAUCGAUCCUUUCAAAGUGAAGAUCAAGGUGCGCCAGGCCUGGAAGGACGCCCAGGCCGAGGGCAGCACCUCGUGACUCCAC